AUGUCUUUAAGUAGUGAGAUCGGAGAUUCCGGGUCACAAGCGCCUCUCCUUGCGGAGACCGACGCUUAUCCAGACAAUGAUCCUGAGGCGGCCCCAAGCGACGAUGGUCAGUCCAUGUCCGAUUCGCAGUAUUCAGGUGGAUGGUUUAUCUGGAGCUUGACAUUUUCCGCUGGGCUCAGCGGCUUGCUGUUUGGCUACGAUACCGGUGUCAUCUCGUCUACGCUUGUGACUGUCGGCUCCGAACUGUCUGGUCGAGCGCUUACAACGCUUGACGAGAGUGCGAUCACCUCGUGUACAAGCUUGUUUGCGCUCAUAGCUUGUCCAUUCACCGGCAUAUUAGCAGACAAGUACGGCCGUCGACGCAUCAUUCUUGUUGCCGAUGUUCUCUUUGCUCUAGGAGCAAUACUGCAGGCCUCUACCAGCCAAGUAUGGGGCAUGAUCGCCGGCCGUAGUAUUGUCGGCCUAGCUGUCGGUAGCGCAAGUGCAGUGACACCAAUGUAUAUUUCGGAGGUGGCGCCCUCGCACAUCAGAGGACGACUGGUUGUUAUCCUAGCUCUUCUCAUAACCGGUGGCCAGGUCGUGGCUUAUAUCAUUGGAUGGCUUUUUUCUGAAUCGGCGGGGGGCUGGCGCUGGAUCGUUGGCUUGGGCGCAGCGCCUGCGAUUGUGCAAUUUGCCAUCAUCCUUCUGCUGCCAGAGACACCCCGCUGGCUCGUCAAGAUGGGAUUCGAUCAUAGAGCCGUCGAGGUGCUUUCACGCAUCUACCAUGAUUCACCGAGCUGUGAUCGUAUCGUUCGACGGGUCAUGCGGGACAUCAAAGGUGAGAUUGCCGAAGAGAAAUUGCAGAGAGAUCCGAGCGAAGAUCAGGACAGUCGGCCGCAGUGGCUCCUCGACAUCUACCAACGAGCUCGCGUUCUCUUCCACGAGGGCGGGAACCGCCGCGCCUUGACAAUCGCAAUGAUGCUCCAGGCUCUUCAACAGCUUUGCGGCUUUAACAGUCUGAUGUACUUCUCGGGGAUCAUCUUCUCAGCUCUAUCCUUUUCUUCACCCACGUUGACUUCAUUGACUGUGGCUGGAACCAACUUCAUUUUCACACUGGUCGCUUUUGUGCUGAUUGAUAGAAUCGGCCGACGGCGUAUCCUGCUGUAUUCUGUGCCGGUCAUGGUUGUCUCGCUCUUGUUGUGUGCUGUGGCAUUUUCUUCAUUGGAUAUUUCUUUGGAUCCCCAGGUGCCACCUGCAAGGCCAACUGGCUCCCUGGACGAGGCAGGGUCGACAUACGCCGUGGUCAUUCUCGCGUGCCUGAGCAUCUUCACAGCCGCAUACGCAUUCGGCAUUGGAAAUGUGCCCUGGCAACAGUCAGAAUUAUUCCCGCUGAACGUAAGGUCCACGGGUUCGGGACUGGCGACAGCAACGAACUGGGGUUGCAACUUCAUCGUAGGCCUCACUUUUCUCCCGAUGAUGAAGUGGCUGUCUCCUACUUGGACAUUUGCCGUGUAUGCACUGAUUUGUGCUCUUGGGUGGCUUGCUAUUUGGAGGAUCUACCCAGAACUGAGCGGACUCGGCCUCGAAGAAGUCAAAGGUCUCCUAGCUCAUAGUUGGGGCGUUGAACAAACCCUCAGAAGGCGAUCAAACUCGCAGCGAGAACAGGAUAUUUGA